CACCGUGAGGCCGUGCUUAAACCUGCUGGCGGAUUUUUGCAUCAUGCAGACAUGACGGGAAGUCUUUGACUGCAGCUUGGCGUCUGGAAGGCGCUGUUAACAAUGGCUUGAGAAAGCGUGCUGCUCUCUGCAUAUCCCAAUACGAUCAUUAUAAGGUGGUAGUAUAUGCUUGUUAGGUCAGCGAGGCGGGAAGCGUGCGCGUCCAAGAAAGAGCGGGUGCAGCGAUGGAGGCGGCGAGGGCGCGAACGCCGCGGGGAGCGCACAAGGUGGCGAGCGGCGGCGGAGACCUCGGCGCCGCGUGGAAUGGUGGCGGAAGCUACAAGGCGUGGCGGUGGCAAGGAUGGCGCGCGCCGGCCCCGGCGGUCGUCGGGUGCUUGGCCACCUUGACCUUGCUCGUGCUGGUGCUCGGCGGCGGCGGUCGUGGAAUCCUAUCCACGUUCUCGCCGCUGGAAACUACUGAGUUCGUGCAGAAGCCAGUUUCCGCAGCGUCACGCGUCCAUGCUGAUGCAGAGGCUGCAGGAUUGAACGCCAAGCCCGCGCCGCCUACUCGGCACGACCAAGACCGCCUCAUCGGCGGGCUCCUCUCCCCCGCCUUCGACGAGCAGUCGUGCCGUUCCCGGUACGCGUCGCCUCACUACCGCCGUCCGUCUCCGUUCCGCCCAUCCACCUACCUCGUGGAGCGCCUCAGGCGGUACGAGGCCCGGCACAGGCGGUGCGGACCCAACGGGCCUCUCUUCAAGGAAGCCGUCCAACACCUACGGUCCGGCCGUAACGCCGCGCGCUCCGAGUGCCAGUACGUCGUCUGGACGCCGUUCAACGGCGUGGGCAACCGCAUGCUCUCGCUCGGCUCCACGUUCCUGUACGCGCUCCUCACCAACCGUGUCCUGCUCGUGCACGCGCCGCAGGAAUUCGACGGCCUCUUCUGCGAGCCUUUCCCCGGCAGCUCCUGGACGAUCCCCGUCGACUUCCCGAUCACCGACUUCGCCGGCAGUUUCACCAUGUGGUCGCCGACGAGCUACAAGAACAUGCGCCAGGCGGGUUCCGUAAGCGGUGACCACCGCAAUGUCUCCGCCGACAGGCUACCGGCGUACGUGUUUCUGGACCUCAUCCAGUCGUUCACCGACGCCGCCUUCUGCGAGGCCGACCAGCUCGUGCUCGCCAAGUUCAACUGGAUGGUGAUCAAGUCGGACGUGUACUUCGCGGCCAUGUUCUUUCUCAUGCCGGCCUACGAGCGCGAGCUCCGGCGGCUGUUCCCGGAGAAGGAGGCCGCGUUCCACCACCUCGCCCGGUACCUCUUCCACCCGUCCAACGACGUGUGGGGCAUCGUGCGCAGGUACUACGAGGCCUACCUUGCCAGGGCCGACGAGCGCGUCGGCCUCCAGGUGCGCGUCUUCCCGGAGAUGCCCGUGCCGUUCGACAACAUGUACGGCCAGAUUGUCCGGUGCUCGGAGCAGGAGGGCUUGCUGCCGAAGGUUGUGCGAAAGGACAGUGACGGCGAGGCGAACCACUCCUCGCCGGCGGCCGUGGCGCCGGAGAGUAGUAGGACGAAGCUCACCUCGGUACUGGUGACGUCGCUCUUCUCCGACUACUACGAGCGCAUCCAAGGCGUGUACUACGCGAACCCGACGGAGACCGGGGAGUACGUGGAGGUGCACCAACCGAGCCACGAGGGGGAGCAACGCACGGAGGCGCGUGCACACAACCAGAGGGCCCUGGCGGAGAUGUAUCUGCUGAGCUUCUGCGAUCGCAUCGUGACGAGCGCGGUGUCGACGUUCGGGUACAUCGCGCACGGGCUCGCCGGCGUGCGACCCUGGGUGCUGCUCCGGCCGCCGUCCCCCGAAACACAUGCUGAUCCAGCGUGCGUUCAAUCGAAGACAGUCGAGCCCUGUCUUCAGGCGCCGCCGCGACAAAUUUGCGGAGCAGCAGAGGGGACUGACAUUGGAGCUCUAGUGCCUUAUGCCCGGCACUGUGAGGACGAGCACAAGGGUCUCAAGUUGUUCCCUUAGCGUUUAUUGCAGUUUGUGUCGUAAAUAACUAAGGCCAGUCUCAAUGCAUAGUUUUACGGCACAGUUACCAAGACUAUAAACUAGGUAACCGAGCCAGGAGUUUCAUGGGGAUGAAACUCCUCUCUCAUCUGAUGAAACUCCUUCAUUUAAUGACCCUGCCAAGUCAGCAAUUAUGCUUAUGUGGCACCCUAUUUAAUAUGCAUGACACUCUCAUGAAACAUGCAUUGAGACUGGCCUAAUUAUACUUCGUGUGUUUUCGUGGUUUGCUGUCAAAA